GCAGGCUCGGACCAGCUGGCGGAGCUGCAGCCUCCCUUAGCGCCCUCCUCGUCGACAUCAUGCUCCAGUUUCUGCUUGGAUUUACUUUGGGCAACGUGGUUGGAAUGUAUCUGGCUCAGAACUAUGACAUACCAAACCUGGCUAAAAAACUUGAAGAAAUAAAAAAGGACUUGGAAGCCAAGAAGAAACCCCCUAGUUCAUGAGGCCGACUCCAGCACUGCCUUCGGGAUACACUUGAGUCUCCUGCUCUUGAGGGCCUCCUUUACCUUCUGAACCAAAAGCCUUUGUUUUCAUCUCCAGCCUCGUGAUUUUCUUCUUUGCUAGACCCCGUGUUACCGUAGAGCAAAAAUGGGGCCCCAGGUUAAGAAACGACCCUUACGUGUCCAACAUCCUCACCUCUUCCCAUAUCCUCCUUCCAGCUGCACGGGACAUUCUAGGACUGGAAUUAUGGUGCUCGAUUAGUAAACAUGACCUUUCAUGAGUAGUCUCUUCCUUAUUCUUUGAGAUUUCUAUUCUACUACCUUUUGUCAGAAGAAACAUUGAUGAGUUUUAUAUAGCUGAUCAGGUACAAAUAAUACUGAUUUCACAGUUUAGCCAUUAUAAUGGGUGCUCGUUAAAUGUUUGGUACUAAAUUAUGUUAUUCCAAAGUAAUUAAAAUUAAUAUCUAGAAGCCAGUUUCUGGCGAAUUAUCCAUUUAUUUUAUACUGUUGUUAGGCAGCUCCAUAGUUACUAAUUUAACCAUUAAAUCAAUUUGCUAUUCAUUAACUGAAAAACUAUAUUCUGAGAAUCCUGUCGAGAACUGGGGAAUUUAAAUAUGUGCAAAAUAAUAGUCUUUUUCCCAGUAGCAGUCUAUUGAGUAUGCAUGUUUUUCUUUAAUGAUGUAUUGAUCUAACUCUUUUCCCUCAAAAGAAUUAUACUUGAGAUUACAGGUACAUUUGAUGUUAUAUGAUGGAGAAGUGAGAAAGAAGUUGUCUAUAAAGAAAAUUUUAUGCCUUUUCACAUUAAAAAAUGUAUUUACAUUAUAACUUUAUAGUGGUUCUCAUAAGAAAAGUAUAGCCCAAAUGUAUAAUGAAAUCAGCAUCUGAAGAAGGCAAAUUUCUAACUGGGCACAGCGGUGCACGCCUGUAGUCCCAGCUACUUGGGAGACUGAGGCAGGAGGAUGGCUUGUGCCUAGUUGUUUAAGCGUCUUGGCAACAGGAAAAAAAAAAAGAAUUUCUUCUUCUUUCCACAAUUAAUGCUUGCUUUUUGUCCUGCAGUCAGAAAUUACACAUUUGACAAGUUACAAGGUUGAUCAGCCCAUAUUUUUAAAAAAUUAUUAAAAUAAAAAAAGUUUGAAUAGGUAACUUUUCCCAUGGGUUAAGGUACAAAGUGAUUUUGUAUAAAGGACCUCUUCCACCCUUGUUCUCUGGCUCCUAAUUCCUCUUAGGUGGUCACUGUUACCACUUUGUUGUGUACUUUUGAGAAAGAGUCUGUGCCUAAACAAACACAUGGGUGCAUGGGUUUUUUUUUUUUUUUU